GUGUCUCUCAGUCCCAAGGCCAGCCCACUCUGGCUCAGCCAGACACACUAAACUUAGCUUCCACUCCCAACUCCACAGCUACGGCCACCAUCUAGCUGGCUGUCGCCUCUCUCUGGGAGACACUGCUGCCCCCUGCCCAGAGCACCCACACCUCAGUGACCACCAUGUCACAGACCAAGACAUUGAAGGUUCGUAUGACACUCUUCUUCAUCCUGGUAGGGGGAGUGCUGGCCAUGGUGGCUGUGGUGACUGACCACUGGGCCUUGCUGAGCCCGCACCUGGAGCACCAUAAUGAAACUUGCGAGGCAGCCCACUUCGGCCUCUGGAGGAUCUGCACCACGCGCAUUGCUGUGCGUGACAAGAAAGACAAGAACUGUGAACGCAUCACGCUGUCAGGGGAAAAGAACUGCUCCUACUUCAGGCAUUUCAAUCCAGGAGAGAGCUCAGAGAUCUUCGAAUUCACCACUCAGAAGGAGUAUAGCAUCUCAGCAGCCGCCAUCGCCAUCUUCAGCCUCGGCUUCAUCAUUGUGGGCUCCAUCUGUGCGUUUCUGUCCUUUGGGAAUAAGCGUGAUUAUCUGCUGAGGCCAGCAUCCAUGUUCUAUGCCUUUGCAGGGCUCUGCCUUAUUGUCGCGGUGGAGGUCAUGAGGCAAUCGGUGAAGCGCAUGAUCGACAGUGAGGACACCGUCUGGAUCGAGUACUACUACUCAUGGUCCUUCGCAUGUGCCUGUGCUGCCUUCAUCCUGCUCUUCCUCGGGGGGCUGUUCCUCCUGCUCUUCUCCCUGCCUCGGAUGCCCCAGAACCCCUGGGAGUCCUGCAUGGAUGCCGAGCAGGAGCACUAGCUUUGGGAAGAUCAAGCCCAGACCAGAGUCUCUUGGAGGUGAGGAGGGAGUUUCCCCAUGUACCCUGAUCCCUUGUCUAUCAUGCUCGGUGCCUCUCCCUCUGAGUUCCUCUACAGACGGUACUACACAUGAACAUGAACUCAAACCUGCCCAGGGGCAGAGGAAGCAGUAUCUGAAGGGCCCUCUCUGAGGCAUGACCUGGCUCAGGCUCGCCCACCAUGCCUGUUGUCUUUGAAGAACUGGUCUGGUCAUCUUUAGAAACCUUCCAAAGACAGUCUGUACUCAUUCACCAGUUCUGAGCUUCGCCAGCACCCAGAGCCGGCUUCUCCCCCACUCUCCUCCACCACGAUAUGAAACCCUUUUCCGUGAUCUGAACAUCCCUCCUUGGUUUCCAGGAUCCCCAACAGACAUUUUUAACUGGAUAGAAUCUGUGGUUUGAAAUAAAGGAUCUCAGAAAUG